GCGUCAGGGACUCAAAGUCAAGUCAUCCAAAAAUCUAGAAAUAAAAUAGUUAUAUUUGUGAAAAUGUUAUUUAGAAUUCAUCAAAUAUGAUGGAUUCCCAUUUUAAAGACAUUGGGACUGUAGGUGAACUUAGGUAGAAACAUUUUAAAAUGAUUAUAUCAUAAAUCACUAGUAAAUUAACGACGAAAAGUGAUUUUAGUGUUUAAAAGUCAUAAGACUUGUGUCAUCUGUCUGCUCUUCCUUCAAGAUGGCUCCUUCACCGGAGUAUGAUAAGGAACCCAAAGCCCCUGAUAAAAGUGUCGUUAGCAUUUCCAGUGACGAUUCGAAAGUUCAUUAUAAUCACACGAAAGAACAGCCCACCAUUUCCGACCAAAAGUCUGCAGUAACCAACAAUGAUGUGGAGAAUAAACAUGUGGAGACGUUAGAUGACGGCCAGUUGCGUGCCUUGCUGGAUGAGGCUAUCACCUACAAGUGUCCCAAAGAUCGGGAGGGGAAAAGCAGUUUAUUUAAGGAGCUCCUUGAGGAGGUGGAGCAGGACGAGGAGGCGUGCGAGGCGGCGGCGCGCAGCUGCGGCGCGCGCGGCGGGCGGCGCAACCGCGGCCGCCGCGAGCACCACUCGAGCCUGCAGGACCUGGUGGCCGCGAUGGCCGCCGAGCCGGCGCCGCGCCGCCGCCCGCACCACCACCCGCACGGCGCCAGCAGCGUGUCCGCGCGCACGCACCACGGCGGCAGCCUGCCCUCCGGCGUCGACACAUCUUUCCUGCUAAGCGAGGAGCCGACACGCGGCGGCUACCUGGCCACAGUGCGCUGCGUGAACCCGCCGCCGCUCGCCGAGCGACGCGUGUCCGCCAGCGACGCCAACGCGCCGCCCGACGUUGAACUUGUUACCAGACGGAGUAAGCCAAUGUUCCCGAUGACGUACACGGCACGGGCGACGCUCGAGAUCGGCAGCGGCAGCGUGUGCUCGGGCCGCGCGGUCACCACCACCACCGCGUCCAACCAGGUUGACUCUGCUAUACCAUUUAGUUGCAUCACAACACCGGAGGUUGUGGCAAGUUGCAACACGACGUCCACUACACAGUCCACGGUCGCUGUCGAUCCGAAGCAACAGCCCCGCAACGUGUUAACGACGACCACCUUCAGCGGGCUGCCGCUCGCGCGGCCCAACUACGGCUCGACCGCCUGUUCGUCCGCGGACGAUUACAAGGUGCCUAUACUCACUGUGCACUACCGUUUACAGAAAUCUCUAGACGAAAACGGCAACGCGGUACACGGAUUCGGUUCGCCCGUAUCCGGAUCUAGUCAACACAAGAAGCCGCGGAGGAAAAAGUCAUCGAAAAACGAGACCGUCAUCAAGUCGCACCAGAUCGACGGUUACCAGGGCAACAAGGACCUGAACGAGGUGUUGCGUUUUAUCGAAUCGAACGCGGACGGCGCCCGCGCUCACAAGAUGGGGCGCAAACACAAGGACGACUGCGACGACAAGGGCAAGAAGCGCUCCGCCGAGCGGCGCAAGGACAAGGGCGCCAAGAUCACGCGCGCCUCCUCGCUCGAGGAGCUCUCGCGCACCAAGCUCGAGGACCUCACCGCCAAGGGCGCGCCCGCCAAGCCGGAGCGCCGCUCGUGGGGCGACGACGCGCGCGCCGCGCUGCUGCUGCCCGACGACGAGCUCACGGACUUCCAGACGGUCACCAAGCGCCGCAAGCCGCGCCGCCGCGCCGACGAGCUGCCGCCCGCGCCGCGCCCGCGCCCCGCGCGCCGCGCCUCGCCCUCCGCGCCCUCCGCGCCGCCCUCCGACCGCUCCAACGACUCCAACGACGACCUGGACUCGGUGCACUCGCUGCCCGCCGACGCGCCGCAGUCGCGCUCCAAGCCGGCGCCACCCGCGCCCUCCGCGCCCCCCGCGCCCCCGCCACCGCCGCCCGCGCCGCCCGCCGUCCCCGUGCCGACCGCUUCGUACGCGGACAUCGCGCGCACGCGGCACAACAUCCCCGACUUGAUCGAGUCGUGCAACUUCUACGCGGAGGGCGACGGCGAACAGAAACAGGAGCCGCCGCCGCCUAACCCGAAAAUCACCCCGCCCGUCGCCGCCGACGCCGUCGAUUAUCCGGCUCUGAACGCGAGGCGGCCCCGCGACAAGCCGGCCGCGCCGCCCGCGGCCCGCGUUCAGCGGAAGGAGCGACCGGAGGCGGGCCGGCCGGCCGACAUGCCCGCGCCGGACGUGGUCGCGGACCGGCGGCCGCCCGUCAUUCUGCUCGACUCGGAGGCUCGGCCGCGGGACAUGGAUGGCGUGACGUUCGGGUUCGACAUCAACGAGCAGCUGCUGAGCGGGCCCGCGCGCCGCCCGCGCUGCGACCUGCUGCGCGACGCGCCCGAGGGGCGGGACGAGCGCGGGGCGGCCGCGGGCGCGGGCGGGGGCGGGGCGCGCGGCGGGCUGGCCGUGCGCGCGGGCUGCCUGGCGCUGCGCUACGUGCCGCCCGACCCGCCCGCCGACACCGCGCAUCUGCACCAGAUCAUCGACUAUGUUGGAUCCGCAUGGGAGGACGUGGUGCGAUGCGGCGGUGGCAAGGUGCGCUACUUCAUCGAGUAGCCGCGCCCUGAGCCACGCAGCGCUCGGGCAGCAAGUGGCGCGAGCCCGACAGACUAUAGUGUAGUGUGUGACACGCGAAUGAACUUUUCGUACGCAGUGUUCGUGCGCAGAGUACGCGCGCAUUGUACGUACGCAGUGUACGGUCCCGUCUCGAACACGGAGCGGCGCCGCGUCCGCGUGUCAAUGUUCUGCUUCUCGAGUGUCGAGUACAGUGUACAGUGUGGAAGGCAGUGUAUCUAGUGAAGUGAUCCUCUGUGCAAUAAGAGCUUCCGCUUGCGUGCGAUCGCGCCGCGCCUCGACGUUUGCGACUUCGCUUUUAAUCCAAAAAUAUAUCAUAGUGUGGCAUCGCUGUGAACACUUUCCUUUUCGCUUUGUAAAUAAGUGUUAGAGAUCCUAGAGCUUAUUUGGAGCAUUUAAUUAUUUCCUUUUCUGUGUCUACUGAAAUCUCGGCUAGAAGUGUCGCCUUGGGAGGAGGGAAUGCAACAGGUGCUAAACCUCUGUCUACGAUGGCUGAAUUCAGCUCAUAUUGUGCUGGGUUAAUUUAUGGGACAGGCAGAAAUGCCUGAUGGACAUUUUCGUUUUAUUUGAAAGCAUGCUUAUGUUGUUUAUUUUGCUUGAGUUUUGUUAUAUAAUCACAAUUAUAUAUAUAGGGUCUCUCUAACUAUAUUAGCUACUUGUAUCUUAUUUUGUUAUGUAUUUUUUAAGUUUUACUAUUUUAUACUAAAGUUUGGUUUAUAUAGUGUUAUAUAUGAUACAUAAUAUUAUAUAAUACAAAAAGUUUUAUUCACAUUUUAAAUUGUAAGAGUUCAUUUUAUUAUCACUCAAAUAUGUACUACAUAUUUAACUAUACUAUAUUCCCCACUUUUGUGUUUGCUAAUAUUCCUAAAACAUUAAAUUUACUGUAUAAGUAAUGUUUCUAUACAAUAUUUUCUUUUUGUUGUGGGACUCAUCAUAUAAUUAAGAUAAAUUAUGGUUAUUUUACUACAUUGUUCGUAAAUGUAAUGUAACGUUUGUGCAGCCUGAGGCGACAAGUAUUCCACUUUAUUAAUAAUUGUACACAAAGUAUACAAGAAACAUGUUCUAUGUUAUAUACAGAAAUUCAAACAUUAAAAACAAAGAUACUGCCUGUGUUUCAAUUUUUUAAUCUUAAUGAUUCAAUGUUUAAACAUUACCUCUCAUUUUCUAUAAGAUAUAUUUGGGAUAUAUUUAUAACCUGGCUAAAUAGAUGGCUUUACAGUUCUACUUGAAAAAUAAUUUUCAGUUGUUAAAUAGACUUGUUACUGAUUAGUUAAUUAUUUAUCGAUUCAAAGCUAGUCGGAAAAUAUUUCAGUUUGUCAGAAGCAUAUUAUUUUUAUAAGUAUAGAUAUUAUUGAUUGCUAAAAAAUUUGUUCAUGUAGUCGAAAGUGUAUGUCUAGUAAUUAAAUCGUGUUAAUAUGUCGUAAAAUAAAUUAUUAAUGUCUAUUGUAAGCAUAGAAUAAUACCUAAAUGUGAAAUUAUGUAAAUAAAGCUCAGUCAUUAAUAAGUCUCGCAGAGGACUUUAAGUACAUCAUAUCUUGAUUUUACUUUCCUAUCGAUCCUAAGGUUAAUAUCAAGUUUGUCGUUAUAAAUGGGUGUGUAAUAAUUGUCGUACUAUAUUAUAUAUUUCAAACAUUCUGUGUAGACAUAAUUAAGAAUUUUACUUCUAACACAUUCUUAGAACCAUUUUAAAGUAUGAUGAGCUGAUUUUAAAUAGUAUAUCGAAAAAUUAAUGUUUAACCCUAUUCAUCUUAAAUUUAUUUAAAUGUGCAUUGUAGCGAUUUUAAAAUUUGAGCUUACAUGUAACUAUAACUUCUCCCUAAGAAUAUAAGCCCAGGGAACAUUUUCAAUUGUGUCAACACUUUGGGAACUGAAAUAAUCUAAGAUUAAUACAUAAAAUUAUUCAAUUAAUGUGUGACAUAAUCUCACACAAAUCUUACAAAUCGAACAACUUAAUAUAUUUACAAUGCAAUACACAAAGUAUCCAUAUUCAUAUCAUUCUAAUACUUUUAAAAUCAAGGCUAGCUGAAUUUAAUACAAGUUCAAAAAAUAACUGUAUAUAACAAACAUCUGAAUUGUAUAUUCACAUAAUAUGAGCUGUUUAAUCAUGUUGAGAGAUAAACUGCCUUCUUUUUUGGAUGUUAAAGUCUUGAUAUUAACUGAUAUUUAACAUGGUUAUUGAUCAAUGUCCGUCUUUUCGUUUUUUUCAUAUUCCAUGAUGUCAUUUAAUGAAAUUAAACAUCAUUAAAACAAAAUUUUCUCAAUAUUUUAGGCAUUGCGUGAGUUACUUGCUUUUUUAAUUUACUGCAUAUAAGAAAAAUUGUCUGUGAGUUCUCGCAAUUAUUGUGAAUGGUAACAUUUGCAUUGUUUCGUUAAUGUGUUGUUAAACUUGUGUGUUUAAUCAUUUUUUAGUAAUAUUAAUGGGAUAUUUCUAAAUUAAUUGGAACCAUGAUCUUUUAAAUUUAUAUAGCAAGUACACACAAAUUCAGUGUAUAUAAGUGUCAUUAUUACAUUUGUAGACCAGCAUUUAAUAAAAAUAUAAAAAAAAACAAGACUAAGAAAAGAUGCACUUAAUUUUUGAAGAAGUUAUUACUUAAGUCAUUUGUAUAUGCUAGAAUUUCUUGUAACUUUUGUAAGGGCUUUGAGAGUUUGGAGUUGACCUCGUUUUUAUAAACAGACACAUUUCUGUUAAUUUGAAAUAUAAACUCACUUUGUGUAACAUACUAUGCUUUUAUAUUGUUAAAGGUUUUCAUUUAUUUCAUGAACAGAAGCUCAUAUCAAAGGUAUAGAAAUAAAAUAAUUUAUUAUUUCUUUUCCUUGUAAAAUAUGUAAAUAGAUACGCGAAAACUAUUUUAAUUUUUAUCAUACUAAGUGAUCGGUAUUAGUUAUUGUAGAAAAGGUCUCAGGGCUAGUUUUACGAGAGCUCUGGCAGGUACUGCUUCCAAAAAAUUACCAAAAUUAAUUAUCUAUAUUAAAUACAUGAAAUACAAUUUACUUUUUGUUUUAUAAAUAUAAAUCGAUAGAAAUCUUAUAUAAUAAAUAAAUGACUAUAGUCAAUUUAUAGUAUUGGUUUUGUUAUUAUUUUGUACUUAAAAAUGUAUUUAGCUAAAUUUUAUGUAAUUUGUAAAAAAAUUCAACCAUUUAGCAAAAAAAAAAAAAACUUGCCGGUUUCACAGCUUCUGGAUAUGUUCUGUUUAACUCAUCUCUCAAGUAGAACAACACCAAAUAAAUUAAGAAAAUUAACAUCAAAAAGUGUUAAAUACGAUAUCAGGAACCUUAUCAUCAAGUUGUGAAACCGGAUCUUAAGCACCUUCAUUGUAUCUAUUGAAGGAAAGCAGACCUCGCCAGCUCUGUAUAAAAUGCUUGGAUUUAAUGUCAUGUUUCAAAACAAAGCUUUUUCAUUUAUUAUGCUCUACUUCUUGAGAUCUAAAAUAAUUUGUGUUAAAGAGGUUUAUAAAAAAUGUAUAAAAAUAGAAAAAUUUGAGCUCAUGUAUGUAUUUAUAUUCCCUUUGUAAGAAUGAGUGAUAUCGCUUUGAAAAGCUAUGGGCGAAGUAUAAAUGUAUAAAACAAAAUAAUUAAACGGAAAUAAACCUUUGUUCGUCUCAUUCUCUGCUAUCAAUUGUGUCAAAACUAUACUUACUGAGUGACUUAUACACCAUUUAAAAUACAUUGACCACCAAUUUGGUAGUUAUUUUUAAUGUACUCAGGGAUUGAGACAAUUAUUGAUGACAAACAUUUAUUUUAUAUCGAUAUAUGGAUAAUUUAACUGAUUUACACCUAACUUUCCCGAUUCUAUAUUUUUACUCUGUUUCAUAUAGUUAUUAUAAAAUAUUUAAUGAUCGAAUAAAGAAGUCUUUAUUUAUACCUAAUAUAAUAUGUAUUUGUUUUAUACGUACGUAAAAUGCAAAAACGCGUUUACCUUCAAAGUUACUAUAUUAUCUUUAUUUUAAGAUUAAAACAGAGUAAAAGUUUAGCAACGUUUUUAAACUGUAAAUGAUUUAAUUAUAUAAACCAUGCUGUAACCAACUACAAUUUACAGAUAUGUACUUUUUCACUGUUUCCGUUUUCUUAAUAAAAAUGUUGAAAUGA